UAGAGUUGUUGUAUUGUAAAUGUUGAAUUGUAAAACUCUACGAAAUAACCUGUGUUAAUACGCGUUAAAAUACAAAGUAAAUUUAAUAAAUUGUGCGCUGUAAAGGCAGUGAAGUUUCUGUGCAGUUUAAAUCAUCAUUUUACAAUGAAUGUCGAUAGAGAAAGCAAAAUGUCACACAGUCUCCUCGCAGAAAGUAAAGAAGAAAAACGAAAUCGGUUCGUUAAAAUUUUUAUAGAGCAAGGAAAUUGGAUGGAUGAAGAUGUACUGGCAUUUAUCAACGAUGAAUUUGAUAAUAAUGUCGAGGAUAUCAACUGGAUUUUCAAGACAACUUUAGAAAGCAAACCUUCCUUUUCUAACAGAAUUUUCGAUGUAGCUAUGAAAAACGGCCCUGAGUUACGAGUACUCAAUGACUUGGGCCAAACGGCCAUCCAUAUAGCGGCGAUUCACAAACAAACUUAUGUUAUUUAUGAGUUAUCAGAUUAUUUUGGGGACAAAAAUCUUAGUGACAAUGAAGGGUUAACUUAUUUUCACGUAGCCUGUAUGUAUGACCUAACUGAUUUAGUGCAGAAAUACAUUGAUCAAGGCGUGGAUAUCAAUCUUACUUUCUAUAAAAAUGGACGUAGAGUAUCCCCAUUAUCGUUAUGCCUUGAGCACGGGUCACCUAUGACAUUAAGAUUUCUAUUAAAUAAUGGUGCAGAUCUUAAAUUAUAUGAUGACUGGAAUUCGGAGCCUUUGAGUUGUCUUAAACGAAUAAAACGAAAUCUCGACAAAGAUUGGGACGAGUGGGAAAUUCUUGCUAAUCACCAUUUCAAAGAACUUUUAAAACAGACAACAGAUUCAGAGAUAAUCGAAAAUCGCAGUGACGACGAAGGAUUUACGUAUUUACACGCGGCCUGCAUGUCUGGAAGCAUCGAGAUGGUGCAAAAGUUUAUAGAUCAAAAUAACGAUCUCGAUCUCAUUUGGUGUUUAGCGGAUGGCACCAAAGAAUCACCAUUGACUCUAGCUACAGAAUUUAAACGAAUUGAAAUGGUGGAAAUGCUCUUGAAAAAUGGAGCUAAUCCGAACAUAAAACAGUUGGGGAAAAGCCCUUUGCACGUAUUUUUAAAGGUUUUUACGGAUUAUGACAGAGACUCGAAUUUACUCGAUCUUUUCAUCAGUUACAACUGCGACGUGAAUGAAAAAGACAAUAAUGGCUGCAGUCCAUUGUUUCUUUGCUUCGAAAAUUGCAUCGAGGAACACUGUGAUGAGGUGGGAUGCGAAUUUCAUAAAUUAUUUAUUAAUCGUAAAAACUUAGAAACUCUGCUUAAAAAUAAAGCCGACAUAAGCGAAGUAUUUGCAAAUGGUCAGUCGAUACUCCACUUGUUUAUAAGUUCUGAAAUAUGUCGAGUAUGUCAGAUAGACUUUAAAUCUGGACCCGUACGAAAUAGAGUAGGUAUCGAACUAAUCAAAACACUUCUGAAAUAUGGAGCCAAUGUGAAUGCAAAAGAUAAUAAUGGUGAUUCACCGCUUCACUUGGCCGUUUUAAGCUGCAACUUGGAAGUUGUCGAGGUACUUUUAGCCCAUGGAGCCGAUGUGCAAAGUUUCGACUUCUCAAAACUUUGUUGGGAAUAUGAUUGGUCUAUAUCAUGGUUGCACAAAAUAAUUAAAUUUUUUUUAAUCCUACAUUGUUUGAAUGAUAACGGAUGUAUAAUGGAUGAAUUAAGCUGUUUGACGGUAUCAAAAUUUUUGGUCAAUGAAAUUAAUCACAGUGAGCUAUGCAAUGAGUGGGAACGUAAAAUAUUUGUUGGUUCUACGAAUCAAAUCCGCUCGUUACUGACUAGUAUUAAAAAUAGGCGUGGAGGUGAUAAACUCGAUGAAUAUGAUAAAGCAGAUUUGGCUCAUCUUAUAUACCAACAGCUUCAAACGAUUGAAAAGGCGAAUAUGUUUUCGACAGCAGAGAUGAAGGAUUGCCUGCAGCAAUUGCAAAAGUCUUACAUGCUCGAAGAGGAAGUCAUUUGUGGAAUUGAUACUGAAAUUUCAACUGAAAUUGAAAAUAUAAAAAAAUUGGAGAUAAAAGAUGGUUUAUCUCUUUUAGACGUUUGUGCAUCUAGUCCUGGAAAAGCUUAUUACUUAUUGAAAAAUUCAAAUUUCUGGGCAGUAAUUGAUUCACGGAAAUUUGAAGAUGAUUUUGAAGAAAUCUCUGAUACUAUUAGAGGGUACAUAAUCAAAUGCUUCAUGAGAAAAUUUUUGAUGGAUUUUGGACUGAAAUAUUUAACGUUACUGACGCAGGGUAAACUUCCUAUAUUAUGUUGUGAACACUUGAUCCAGUACUUAAACUAUGAUGAUAUAUUAAAUUUGUGCGAAGCAUAUGUGAAUAAAAAGUGAACUGUAAAAAUUAA